GGCGCGGAGGAGGGAACUGCGGCACCGCCCGGGAAGCAAGUGAAAGGCGACACUGCCGCCGUUAUCGCCGACUGCCGCGCUGCAUCCUCCGGAGCCCGAGUGAGCCCAGCCACACCAACCGUGCCGCAGUGAAUCAUGGCCCACCAGACGGGCAUCCACGCUACCACCGAGUUAAAGGAGUUUUUUGCCAAGGCCCGAAGUGGCUCCAUUCGCCUCAUCAAAGUCAUCAUUGAGAAUGAGCAGCUUGUGCUGGGUGCCUACAAAGAACCGUCCCAGCGCUGGGAAAAAGACUAUGACACUUUCGUGUUGCCACUGCUAGACGAGGAGCAGCCAUGCUACAUCCUGUACCGGCUUGACUCCCACAAUGCUCAGGGCUUUGAGUGGCUCUUCAUUGCGUGGUCCCCAGACAGCUCUCCGAUCCGGCUGAAGAUGCUCUAUGCAGCCACCCGAGCCACAGUGAAGAAGGAGUUUGGAGGCGGGCAUAUCAAGGAUGAGCUGUUUGGGACAGUGAAGGAUGACCUUUCAUUCACUGGCUACCAAAAGCACGUAUCAUCCUGCUCGGCCCCUGCACCCCUGACUGCAGCUGAGAGAGAGCUCCAGCAAAUCCGGAUCAAUGAGGUGAAGACUGAGAUCAGCGUAGAGAGCAAGCACCAGACGCUGCAAGGCUUGGCCUUCCCCCUGCAACCUGAAGCUCAGCAGGCCAUCCAGCUCCUGAGGCAGAAGAACAUCAACUACAUCCAGCUGAAACUGGACAUUGAGCGGGAGACCAUUGAGCUGGUGCACACCAGCCCUACCGAGCUGGCAGAGCUGCCCAAAAGGGUGCCCCAGGAUGCUCCACGCUACCAUUUCUUCCUCUACAAGCACUCACAUGAAGGGGACUACCUGGAGUCUGUGGUGUUCAUCUACUCCAUGCCUGGCUACAAGUGCAGCAUCAAGGAGCGCAUGCUCUACUCCAGUUGCAAGAGCCGGCUGCUCGACUCAGUGGAACAGGACUUUCAGCUGGAGAUCACCAAGAAGAUAGAGAUCGGUGAUGGGGCUGAGCUGACGGCUGACUUCCUGUAUGACGAGGUCCACCCGAAGCAGCAGGCCUUCCGCCAGGCCUUCGCCAAGCCCCGUGGGCCUGUGGGCAAAAGGGGGCAGAAGCGACUCAUCAAAGGUCCUGGGGAGAAUGAGGACAGCUAAGCACCCCUGCUUCCCCAACCCUUCCCCACCACUCCUCUCUCCUCUCCCCUUUCUCCCUCCUUCUCCUGAGGACAUGGGGCUGCGAACUGUUUACAGUGUCCAGGAUUGCAGUUACCUCAGAAUCUUUUGCCCCACUGUCUCCUUGUUCCUCCUUGAGAGGCACUCCAGAUUUCCUCCCUGCUCCCUGCCUAAUUGCUCAGUGUGUAUCUGUUUCUCUCUCUCUUUCUCAGUGUUGAGACACUGGAAUGGGGAAGGGGAGGGUUGGGGGACUAAGAUGAAGCUUGUAGUAUUUACUUCCGUCUUUCUCUCCUCUCUUCUGCCCUGUUCACCCUAGAUAUCUCUCAGUUCCCCUACCCCUCUUGGCUUUGCAGUCUUGUAAAUUCCCGAGGGAAAUGUUGUCAUGUUUGUAAGCAUCAGUGUAAGGAAUGGAAGGGAUGCCUGCACUUCCCCCCCACCCCCCCAAUAUUCAGGAGCCUGCUGCACCAUUCAUCUCCCAGCCUCAUUGUUCUUGUCCCCUGCCCUCCUUCACACCAAUUUUGCAGGGGAGGAGCAGAAAUUGGGGCCCCUGCCCCCAUGACUCUCCCACUCAGUAAGUCGACAAGAUCCCUGAGCUGAGGAUGGGGUGGGGCGAGAGCCGUUUCCUCCUCCUCAUGUCUCAACCUCCCACAGCCAGGCCUCAGGGGUGAGAGAAGAUCAGAAUUUCUGUUACCCUCCCAUCUUCUCUGUCUCUGGUGGGAGGACUAUCUGAGGGUCAGAGGGAUUCCCCUCAGCUCUGGAGAAGAGAUAGGCACGGGGGAAGGUACACUGGCUUGAUGGGGAGCAGAGGCUCAGCUCAACCCUGAGCCUUCUAAAUCUUUGUCCACCCCCCCAAAAAAUAAUUGUUACCUCAUCAGACUGUGGACUGAGACUUUGGGGUAAUGGAGGAGAGAAGACUUCAACCCUGUUCCUACUUGCACCCAGCAGCCACUUUCCAAGAGCCAUCCCCAACCACAAGUGAGAAAGCUGUCUGGUAUGACAUGGGUUAAAUCCUCAGUGUGGGUAAAGCUCUUUCCUGGCCCUGGGAUAAUGAGAGUUAAAGACCCAUUGCACCUCCUGCCCCAACUUCCCAGCUCCUUUGGGAUGUCACCUGCAGAGGAGUCAGUCCCCAGUACCAGGCUCAACCAUUGCCCCGGGCAGUUAGGGAAAACGAUGGGCAAGGAGCUUCUGCUUCCCUAUGACCCAGCACUCAUUUCCUCACUGAGGCAGGAGCCAGGCAGGCAAAGUGGUUGGGGAAUCACAGGACACACUGUACUGAAUGCUGUAUUUUCUAGAGAAUAAAGUAUUUUUCAAACAAUAA